CGAGGCGCCGCAAGGUGCGUAGAGUGUGCCACGUGUUGACUGGUCGGGAACUCCGGGGCCUCGUAGCUGCUAUCGUAACCGUCAUCUAUUCGUCGCCGCAGUUUCUCGUUUUCUCCAUUCCGCCAGCCGCCUUUCCAGGCUCCAGCGGGGUCACUCCACAAGAUUUUUCCCUCGUCGUUGUCACCCUUUCGCAUUAGUACCGUUCCCGGCAACUCCUCUGCCCCACUCACACCCCUCCUGGUAUUUCGCGUUGGUUCGCCAGUUACAGCCACUAAAGUCAAAGCCUAUUCGUUUCUGGCACAGCUAACUACGCUAGGUGUCGACUAGGUCUAGUAAGCCAAACGCUCGAACUCUAUCAAACUAGUAGCCAGUUUGCCACUCUUUGCGGGCUGACGUCACCAUGAUGGCCAUGAUGCAGCGUCCUGGAACAUUCCUAAAUGUCCAGGCGGCUGUUUCCCCCACCCUUCCUUUGCUCAGCUCCACCGCGGUGACCAACCAUGCUUUUCCUCCUCCUAAUAGAGCCGUCGCGCUCCAUAAUCCGCCUUCCUUAGCGCCGCCAAUUGCGGCAUCCCGUGCACGUGUCGCUCUCAGUCAACAUCAUCAAUCGCGCAUCGCUCUCUCCUCCUCCUUCGCCUCUCCGUCGUUCCCUUACUUGCUCUCCCACGCUCGUCUCUCCUCUUCGUCUCCCUAUUCUCCCCGUUCUCCCCACGCGCUUUCUAAGAAUCGCCAGUCCGUACGCUCUACAGCAUUACCCGCUCCAGUUGCGACUGCUGUGCAGCCAAUCUUCGACGCCUUUCUCCUCCAGCCUGCCACGUGGCAAUCCGCUCUCCUUGUCACGUCAACUAUUUUCGCCGUCGGGCUGCCCGGAUUGCUCGCAGGGCUGACCGUGCCGGGGGUGCUGUCGGCGUUCCUCCUGGGUGUGACUGUCUGGAGGGCGUUCUACUGGCCGGGAUUCCUCAUCGUCUGCCUCUACUUCAUUCUCGGCACGCUAGUGACCAAGGUGAAGCUGAAGCAGAAGCAGCAGGAGGGGAUAGCGGAGAAGCGGAGUGGCCGGAGGGGGCCGUGGAGCGUGGUGGGCUCGGCUGCGGCUGCUGUGGUAUGCUGCCUGGGCGCCAUCGCUGCUGCAGGGGGGGCGGGGGUGGAGGGGGUGGGGCUGCUGAGCGUGGCGGUGUGGCAGCUGGGGUAUGUCGCCAGCUUUGCUACCAAAUUAUCUGAUACGGCUGGCAGCGAGAUUGGCAAGGCGUUUGGAAGGAGAACCUUCCUGGUGACUUCCUUCCAGCCGGUUCCCAGGGGCACUGAGGGCGCUGUGAGCCUCGAGGGAACGCUGGCAGGCCUGGUGGCUGCGGUGGUGCUGUCUGCUGCUGCGCUGCUCACCAGCCAGGUGAGCCUUACUGGUGCGUUCUUCUGCGUGCUGGCUUCACAAAUUGCUAAUUUCGGAGAGAGCUACGUCGGGGCUACACUCCAAGACAAGCCCGGUUACGAAUGGAUGACGAAUGACAUUGUAAAUGUUAUGAACAUUACUAUUGGUGCUGCGAUUGCCAUGGCCCUUGGUACCCUUUUCAUCCCAUAACCUCAUGCUAGUUGGAGUAAACCACACUUCAACAAUGCGUGCACUCAUGAAGAAGCGUCUAGCUAUAUCUUACUCUUGUUGGGCUGAGAAAAGCCCUUAGGAUCUUUCCAGAGACUAAGUCCCGGUUGUAGAAUGAGACUUGAGUAGUGCAGCGGAAGUUGAGGCAGUUGAACCCUUGUACUAGUAUAUGAGAACAAGUGAU